CUCAGCCAAUGGGAGGCCAGGAAGUUGUGACGGCGUCAGUGGGUGUGAUCACUCAGGAGGAAGCGUCCCCGAACAAUAUAGCAAAGUUUUAAGAGAAUGGCAGACAAGUCUUUGGAUCGCGGGCCAUGGACAGGAUGUGCGGUCAUGUUUCUGCAGUCGCUCUGUCCUGGUGUGAACCUGCUCUCUCUCUACAAAGACCAGCAGGGAAAGUUCAUCAUUUUCAAAGUCAUUAAGCUGACACUUACAGAUUCUGCUGGAGGUCUGGGUGGUUAUGAGAUACUUAAGGUCCAUGAUGCUGAUCCCUUUCUGGGGGUGGAGGUGAAGUUUGUGGACGUGGCAACAUGUCAGCAGUUCCUCGAGAGCUACAGCUCUGGAACGGUGCGCCAGUCCCUCUCCCAACAUGCCUGCCGGCUUCUUGCUCUUCCCCAAGAGCUUGCAGUGGAAACCCAGCUUAAAGCCAGCACACACAUCCUGGAUCUCUAUCUGGACAAGCUGGAACUUUGCCUACAACACAUCCACCUGUCACAGCCGGAGCGCCUGCGUGAUGAGGAGAUUGAUCAUCUGGAGCAGCAGCUGCAGAAUCAAGCCCGCGGUCCUGCCUCGCAGUCUGCCACCAACAAUCAGGAAGGGCUUCCGGACCCCAGCAACGACUUCGAGUUUCAGAAUAGAAAGUUUGAGGACCGAAUGCUGACAGCGGCAGAUGUUCAGAGCUUUUCUAACGGAGUGGGCCGUCAGUGGAAGCAUGUAGGGAGGGCCCUGGGGAAGAGCUGUCGGGCUCUGAAGGGUCCGGCUAUAGACAACCUGGCCUACGAGUACGAGAGAGAAGGGCUCUAUGAGCAAGCCUACCAGCUGCUCAGCCGCUUCAUCCAGGCGGAAGGGAGAGCGGCCAAGCUGAGCCGGCUGGUCAAAGCACUGGUGGACUGCAAACUCACCAGCCUGGCUGAAAAUAUUCUGGACAUACAGCCACGAGAGUAACUGUGUGCACGAGUUGUGAAAACUGAGGGGACAGGUCCUCUCUACUGUCUGCUUUCACAUACAGUAUGUUUGUUCUUGUUGUCUGUUGUCCUCACUUUUAAAUCAUUCCUGUGUGUCUGUGUGUGCAUGUUUCAGACAGGUUAUGUGAACACAAGAGAUUUGAGUCAUAUCUUGAUUUGCUUUUCAAUUAUAAGUAGUAUUGAUUAUUGUUCCCAUUUAUAUAAAAUGAUCUGCCAUCACUGAACAAAUAUGCUGUCUUGAGUUUAAUGCACUGUUUAAACAGUCGUGUUUGUCUUUUGUGGAAGUGGGACCUGUUGGGUCUCGUCACUAAUGAGUGCACAACUGAAGGUUACUGAUUGUUUUUUCUCUCUCGCUCUCCAAAAUGGGUUCAUACAAAUUAAAUGGUUGUGUAAAAAAAAGUC